AUGGCACCUCGUUCAGUUCUCUGCUGUGUUUGUGCAUUAGUCAUUCCAGUGAUAUUCUUCAGUGCUACUCCUACCAUGGUCGUGGCUGCCGAGGAAUUCAAAGUGGGUGAUGCUUUAGGCUGGCGACAGCCCACAUUGAACGAAACUGAUAUGUAUAAUCUAUGGGCCUCCAGAAGGAGAUUCCACGUUGGAGAUUCUCUUCGUUUCGAGUAUACGAAUGAUUCGGUGGUGGUGGUGGAUAAAUGGGGAUUCUAUCACUGCAACACAAGCAGCCCAAUUACCGCAUACACUGACGGGAACAAUACCUUGAUUACUCUGGAUGCACCAGGCCCUAUGUACUUCAUCAGCGGAGAUCACCAUCACUGUAAAGAAGGCCAGCGGCUGCUGAUCGACGUCUUUCCCCUGCACCCCAGAUCACAUUCUCCUCCAGCCAUUGCCCGUCCACCUCAGUCAUUUCCUGGAAUCUCUCCAGCCCCAUCUCCCCUUUCGAAUUCAGGACCGACAAUUUCAUCAGCUGAUGGGGUGGCUUCGAUAUCAGUGGUCUCAGUACUGGUUGCUUUUGUCGCGACGGCACUGAUGGCUUGA